AUGAAAUUCGUUAUAUCGUGUGUAUUAACAGUGUUCGUAUCGCUGGUGUACGGGGAAGUUGAAGAUAAAGAACUUGUUCUCAUCUCGCCCCUGUUAGCUCCUAAUGGUAGAGAAGAAAGAGCAAAAGAUUUUCCCAUACUCUUAUUAUUGUCAGAUAAAAACAUUAGUGAUGUAAAGGAGAUGAAAAGCGAUGAUUCGCAAACCAUUUACCGUGUCCAGAGGUUGGAUCAUCAGUAA